GUGAUUCUCUAUUCCUGUGUUACCUCCAUCAACCUUUCCUUCCUUCUUUCCUCCAACCUAUCCAUCUCCCACCACACCACCACAUCCCAUCAUCUAUCUUGCAAAAUGACCACUCCACCAUCUCCAUCAAUCAAAAUGGCCACCAAAGACGACACCUCCACCCAAAUCACCACCAUCUCCAAUCUCAAAGACACCUCCAUCUCACCCACCCUCUGGUACCGCCUGCACGUCCUCAUCUCCGACCUCCAGAACUUCAACAACCCCACCUCCCAAACCCGACUAGAAAGCAUCACUGAUCCCUCCUUCAUCGUCCCUCCAUACUUCUCCUCCGACGAAGCCAAAAAAAUCAAACAGACAGUCGUCGAUACCACCGGCAAGACCUUCACACAAAUGGUGGAAGAAGGCCUGAAUGAGCGACUCGAAUGGCGCCAGAAGAAACGUAUCGAGAGUGGGGAUUUUCGCGUCUGCGCGGCUCACGAUCUGGCUCCUGUUAUGGGGCGUGCGUUGGGGAUUGAUUUGAAGAUGUUGGAGAAGGAUAAGGCGUUUGGGAAGUUGGUUGAGCAGAAGGGGUUGGAUUUAGGGGAGGGGGAGGGUUGGGGUGGGUUGAAGAAGAAGUCGUUUGAGCCGAAGAAGAGGAGGUGA